AUGGACAAACCGUGGGAUGAGGACAAAAUCUCGAAAGUCGCCUCCUUCGAUCAUUCUCCGGACAACAGUGUUGGGGAGGGAAAAGUUGACUUGGUCGCCGAUAGCGAAAAACAAAAGGUAGCUGAAGGGGCUGCGCACUUUCGACGACUUGGCUGGAAACGCCUGACUGUGGUACUGGUCGUCGAGGCGAUUGCCCUUGGGGUCCUCACGCUGCCUACCUCAUUUGCAAUCCUGGGAAUGGUGCCAGGAACGAUCUGCUGUGUCGGGGUGGGCGUCGUCGCAAUUUAUGCCAGCUACCUUGUUGGGGAAACGAAAAUCGCACUGCCGGAUAUUCAUCAUUACGGGGACGUGGGCACACUGAUGCUGGGAAAGUUUGGUAGGGAGCUUUUUGGGGUCAUGUUUGUCCUGCAGCUGAUCCUUGUGACCGCCUCGUACUGUUUGACUGGUACUAUUGCUUUCGACGUUCUGACCGACAAUGCGACGUGCUCGAUGGUCUUCGGGAUCGUUUCGGCCAUAUUGCUGAUGGUCUUGGCCAUCAUGCCGUCGUUCACCGACGCCGCUGUUCUGGGCUACAUUGACUUCGUCUCGAUCAUGGCAGCAAUUAUCAUCGCCAUCAUCGCCACAGGCGUCGACGCUGCAAAUUCUUCCCACGGACUGGCAGGAGUGAAUUGGUCUGCUUGGCCCAGACCCGGCACAACCGUGGCAGACGGGUUCAUCGCAGUAUCCAACAUUGUGUUUGCCUACAGUUUCUCCAUGUAUCAAUUCUCCUUCAUGGACGAGAUGCACACCCCCCAGGACUAUAUGAAGUCUAUAUGGACUUUAGGUGGCCUGGAGAUCGUGAUCUACUCGCUUGUGGGUGCACUGAUCUAUGCAUUUGUGGGAGUCGACGUGCAGAGUCCAGCAUUGCUUUCGAUGAGCAGCUUAAUGGCCAAGAUUGCAUUCGGGGUCGCGUUGCCGGUGAUAUACAUUUCAGGCGCCCUCAACAACACGGUCACGGCUCGAUAUAUCCACUUGCGACUGUAUGAAAACUCGGUGACCCGCUACAUCAACACUCCCAAAGGCUGGAUCACAUGGCUGAUUGUCUUACUGUCCAUUACCGUCUGCGCGUGGAUCAUCUCGGAGGUGAUCCCCUUCUUUAACGACCUUCUAGCUCUCAGCUCUGCGUUGUUCGUUUCGGGCUUUGUUCUGUACAUCCCUGCUGUGAUGUGGUUUCUCUUCCUGCGCAAACGCGAGAGUGACGCUCGCAAACGACUGCUCCACGACAUCUGCGCAGCGGUCCUGUUUGCCGUUGGGAUUAUUGUGCUGGGUGGAGGGACUUAUUCUAGCAUUGUGGACAUCAAACGUCAGUUCGACGCCGGGACUGUGAGAGGGGUCUUUACGUGUGCGCCGAUGGCUUGA